AUGAAGGGCAAGCUGAAGAGCGACUGCCAAAAUUAUAUCCGAGUAUUGGCGCGCCAGUCAUCGGGUAAAGCGUUGAUUUGUGGAACACACGCGUUCUCACCGAAGUGCAGAGAAUACGUGUAUUCGAGCACUGAUGGCACGUUGAAAAACGUUCGGCAAUUUGACGGAAUGGGCAUAUCGCCGUAUGAUCCACGUGAUAACUCGACCGUGGUGUAUCUACCAGAGACGAAUGAGAUCUACACGGGAACCGUAUCAGAUUUUGUAGGCAAUGACCCCUUAAUAUAUCGUAAACGAAUCGGUGAAAAUGAUCGCGAUAACGGUAUUCGGACACAGCGUGACGACGCCAGAGUGCUAGACUCUCCAAACUUCGUCGGCUCGUUUGUCUACAAGGAACAUGUCUAUUACUGGUAUAGGGAACGAGCCGCAGAGGCCAUGGAUAAUAAUGAAGAGCGACAAAUCUACGCUCGUGUGGCACGGGUUUGCCGUAACGACAAAGGUGGCGCUAGACCAGCUAAUGAGCGAUGGACGUCGUUCGUGAAAGCACGGCUGAACUGCUCCUUGCCGUCAGCAACACCCUUCUACUUUAAUGAACUCAAAGCGGUUUCCGACCCGAUAACGACGUCCGCAAAUGAUCAUCGCGUCUACGCUGUGUUCUCCACUCCAGAUUCUGACGUUCGAAUGAGCGCCGUGUGCUCCUUUUCAAUGAAGCGCAUCAGAGAGGAGUUCGACUACGGGACAUUCAAGCAGCAGCGAACUGUAAACUCUUUGUGGGUGCCAUACAGUCGCAACGAGAUCCCUCGACCCCGUCCAGGAGCCUGUGUUCCCGACUCUACUCGUCUGCCGGAGGCGACGGUCUCGUUCAUCACCAGGACGCCGUUGAUGCAUCGUGCAAUCGAAUCCAUCAAUGGUCCAAUGCUCAUCGAAGGCUCUGAGAGGGCCGAUCUCACUCAGAUUGCCGUGCUACCUCAUGUGGAUUCUGUGAAUGGUCAACACUACGACAUCAUCUACAUAGGCACUUCUGACGGCCGUGUGCUGAAGCUCAUUGAAACAGUAGGCAACACUACGAUAAUCGAGUCUAUCGUCGUGUUCUCAAAGACGGUGCCAGUGGUCAAUUUGCUGACGACGCCACGGCAGUUGGUAGUGGUGUCAUCUGAUGAAGUGGCUACGAUUGAUGUGCAUCACUGUAACGAACCGGACUCGUGCAACAGAUGCAUAGCGCUGCAAGAUCCGCACUGUGCUUGGGACCUGACCAUUGCCAGAUGUGUGAAUCGAAACUCGUGGAGUGGUGGCCAUUUUAUACAGAACAUUGUUUUUGGCCAGUCGGAACAGUGCCCCGAAGGCAUCGUGAUCUCCGAGGAGCUCAGCGAUGGUGAUUUACUUCGAUUGUUUUGGUUUAGAUGUGUGAAUCGAAACUCGUGGAGUGGUGGCCAUUUUAUACAGAACAUUGUUUUUGGCCAGUCGGAACAGUGCCCCGAAGGCAUCGUGAUCUCCGAGGAGCUCAGCGAUGAGCCGAAUCCUGAACGAGUAGUGGACAGCCGAAGAGGAAUGCACUCGCCAGAAAGCCUAUUCCUCGCCUGUGGUCUUUCAGCGCUUAUAGCCUUGGUGAUAGGGUCAUUUGUAACGUACCGAGUCACUCGAGCUCGUGUACUGGCCGAAGCCCAUCAUUCAGCUAGUUCGACAAGCGGUUCGGAUUAUGAUAGCUUUGGUAGAGCUCGACUAACGAGGCAUGACUCGUUGACGACAGCAGCAAAGAUCGAGCAUGUCUAUGGAGCGCCACCGAAGGCAAGCGUAGACGCCUCAUCUCUCGUGUUAACGAUGCCGCCAGCGAUGACGAUGAGUCAACAUGGGUCCGGUAUCAACACCCCGUCGAGGGAUAAAAACGCGAUCAUGACGUCCAUCAAUCAGAACACGCUGCCACGCGACUAUAAAGUGAAGAAAGUCUAUUUGUAG